AUGGGCUUUCAAGCAAUCGCCAUGGGCUCGAUCUCCCUCCAGACCAUCUUGUUCUUCCUCAUCAUCCUCGCCGUGCUUCAGCCCGUCUUGUCGACUCCAGCCAGUGCAGGUGUGGACAUCUGUACCUGGAGUGACGGGGUGCCCAUACUGUAUCAUCAGUACGGCAGUGACGCGUGCCCGCCUAAGUUUCAACUCAAACCCAACUCUGGCGACUGCGAAGACAACGUGUUGCCGCUCGGUAUUCUGGAUUCUUACUGGAGCUGUGCUAGCUUCUGUCAGAUGCGCACGACCUUCAUCUAUGGACAAGAACAACCGUACGUUCGAGUGCCCAUGUGCCGAGGGGGAGUUACAUGCACACUGUCGGAAUCGGUUCACCAGGGCUAUAGUUGGAAGGCCAAGAUGAACGGGAACUUCAAAUACGGGCCAUUGACCAUAGGAAUCACCGGCGGAUACAGCGAGAAAGCCGGAGUCAGCCAAUCCUACAAAUUCAGCAAACAUCUCGACGAAGGCCAAUGUGGCUAUUGGACUUUCAUCCCCUUCAUCCGAUCAUCUUGUGGAACCUACACCGAGGGCUGGAAAGACGUAUACCAGAUGCCCUGUGAAACCCUCACGAGCACCGGCAACGCCUGCGUCGAUCAACUCGUCGGCGUCGAUUCCAACGACGGCAUCCACGACUGGCGCACCGUCCGGGGGACUGUGGUCUUUGUCUUUGUCGACUGCACCAAUCUCGCCCCUCUGCCCGACGAGAAACAGGACCCAGCAUAUUCCCAGCCAGGGGUCAAGCUGCCGCGAGACGUCAAUAACAAACUCGCUCAGGCAUACCAGUCCUUGUGGCAGCAGUCAUCGAAAGCACCUUUGGUCGCACAAUCCGACGCGGCCGUCUGCAAUACCGACCAACAACACCAGGCCAACGCUACAAAUUGCCUCGAUGCCAUGAUGGAUGUUUUGGAUCGUGGCGCCGAAUUCGUGUCUACGACCGGCGACGAAUCCAUCUCCACGAUCGGCGCGGGAGUUACUGUUGGGGUAAGUCGUAUCCUAUCCAGAUGCGUGUGUUUAUCAAAUCUGCUAGAUGCGUGCGUUAUCAAUCUGCAAUAA